GCUGAACCGAACCGGAACCUGGCCGGUUUUUUGAAUUUUAUCAAAAACACCACCGUUUUGAUUGCUGAUGCCCCAAGCCCCUAACCAUUACCCAAGCAACCGUAACUCCAUUACUCCACAGUCCACACAACGGCGCAGCACACAGUCCCUCCCAUCACCCUCGAGCUCGUGCUUCCUCUCACCGCCAGCGAGCUCAGUCCCUCACUUCCGUCCAGCCGCCGGACUGAUCCCGCCGCCGUCGCAAGUUGUAUUCGAAGCCACCGUCGCCAUCGUGCAGCUCUGUUCCACGUUCGUGCAGCUACCGUUUCAGCUUUGGAAGCACCGUCGCCGGGCUCGCCUCCUGCCUCCGUCGCGCAGCUCUGUUCCACCGGUUAGCGCUGUUCCCCCUCUUGCUCAGGAUCUGCUCUGCUCUGUUCUUGUCGAAGACUGUUUCCAUAAGUGACCAGGCCACUGCUCUUGUCGAAGCCGAAGUGCCGGUUAUUCGCUUGGCCGCCGGAGAACCUGAUUUCGAUCUGCCGUCAUAGAUGAGGUGUGGUGAGUAUGGUAGGCUGGGAUUAAUGGUAUUGGCGAAGGAUACACACGGUACACCCCUAAUGCCGGAAAAUUUGAAUUGCGCAGAGCGAUUUGUCAUAAGUUGACGGAGGAGAAUGGAAUUACAUAUAUUCCUGAUUAGAUUGUGGUAAGCAAUGGAGCAAAGCAGAGUAUUGCUCAGGCAGUGCUUGUAGUUUGUUCACCCGGCGAUGAGUUGAACCACGAUUAGAUCGGUUGGACCAGUAAAUUAGUGACUAGAAUGAUUUGAUGACCGGUCCGGUUCUCAGAACCUUGCUCCUUCCUCUUCCUCAGUGUCUCGUCAGUCGCACUCUCGCACUCAAGCUCUCGUCUCCGGUCUCUCUCACUGCCUCCGGUCUCGCAUUCAAGCUCGUCAUCGCUCUCAGUCUCCUCACCGUCUCUCAGUCAGCACGUGCCUGCACUCGUCAUCGCCGGCGGCAGAAGUAGCACGUCCCGGGACUGCAUGUCGUUGUUGUAUUCUUGCUUCGAGCCUCGCAUCAGCUUCCUCCUCGCCGUCAGCAGCUGGUCCCGAUUUGCCUCACAUGGUGGUUAGAGCACUGAACUUCAUCUUCCAUUCAUGCCCUCCUCCUCUCCGCUUUUCCUCCUCCUUCUGUUGCUCCCCCGCAUUCCUCCCUCCGCAGCCUCUCUCCUCCGAUUAUGGCGGCCGCAGGAUGCCGUUUUGCAUGGCACAAAAGGCUUCUGGGAACGUGUUUGGGAGCAUAAUCGAUGUGCCUCUUCAUUUUCCGUCCAUCCAAACACGCCCCAUUUUGUUCAUAAUAUGCUUGACCUUAACUCCGAACUGAAGCAACUUGUGAAAUGUUGUCAACUGCAUAAAGCAAGGCAAAUGUUUGAUAAAAUGCCUCACAGAGAUGAGGUUUCAUGGACCACGAUAAUAGCUGGUUAUGUCAAUUCUUCAGACCCUUUUGAAGCGUUGAUCUUGUUCUUAAAUUUGUGGAUCCAGCCUGGUCUUCAAAAAGACCAGUUUAUGAUUAGUGUUGCACUCAAGGCUUGUGCUCUUGGCAUGAACAUAUAUUUCGGGAAAUCAUUGCAUGGAUUUUCUGUGAAGUCAAGUUUGGUAGACUCGGUAUUUGUCAGCAGUUCACUAGUGGACAUGUAUAUGAAAGUAGGCAAAGUAGAGCAUGGUUGCAAAGUCUUCGAAGAAAUGGAAACCCGAAACGUGGUAUCGUGGACGUCCAUUAUUGCGGGGCUUGUUCAUGGCGGUUAUAGUAUAGAGGGAUUAUUGUACUUCUCUGAAAUGUGGAGAUCAAAAGUGGGUUGUGAUUCAUAUGCAUUUGCCAUCGCUUUGAAAGCAUCUGCUGAUUCGAAUUCUUUAGAUUGUGGGAAAGCUAUUCACACACAAACAAUAAAACAAGGGUUUGAUGAGAGCUUGUUUGUGAUUAACACCCUUGCUUCCAUGUAUAAUAAAUGUGGAAAACCAAGUUAUGUCAUGAGAUUGUUCCAAAAAAUGAGGAUGCCAGAUGUAGUUUCAUGGACAACCCUUAUUACAACAUAUGUGCAGAUGGGAGAAGAAGAGAAUGCAGUGGAUGCAUUUAGAAGGAUGAGAAAAUCAGGGGUUAGUGCCAAUCAAUACACUUUUGCAGCAGUAAUUUCUGCAUGUGCGAAUCUUGUUGUUAAAGAAUGGGGCCAGCAGAUACAUGGCCAUGUAUUGCAUCUAGGUCUGGUGGAUGCCUUGUCAGUGUCGAAUUCCCUCAUUACGCUUUAUUCGAAAUAUGGGAUGUUAACUUCGGCUUCAAUGGUGUUUUGUAGUAUGGCUAUAAAAGAUAUUAUUUCUUGGAGCACUAUAAUUGCAGUUUAUUCUCAAGCAGGUUAUGCAAAAGAAGCUUUUGACUAUCUAUCAUGGAUGAGAAGGGAAGGGCCAAAACCGAAUGAAUUUGCUCUUGCUAGCUUGCUUAGUGUGAGUGGAAGCAUGGCGCUUCUUGAGCCUGGGAAGCAGGUGCAUGCUCAUGUCCUAUGCAUUGGCCUGGAUCAUGAAGCAAUGGUUCAUAGUGCACUAAUUAGUAUGUAUUCAAAAUGUGGGAGUCUAAAAGAAGCUUCUAAAAUAUUUGAUGGGACUAAAACUAAUGACAUUAUAUCAUGGACAGCCAUGAUCAAUGGGUAUGCUGAACAUGGAUGCAGCCAAAAGGCAAUUCAUUUAUUCGAGAAGAUUCCCAGUAUUGGUUUAAAACCGGACUAUGUGACUUUCAUUGGGGUUUUGACAGCUUGUAGCCAUGCUGGAUUGGUUGAUCAAGGUUUCCACUACUUUAUGUCAAUGAUUGACGAGUAUCGGAUCAGUCCUUCAAAAGAGCACUAUGGUUGCAUGAUUGAUCUUCUAUGCAGAGCAGGAAGAUUGAGUGAAGCUGAGCUUAUGAUACGAAGCAUGCCUUUCUGUAGUGAUGAUGUUGUGUGGUCUACCUUACUUAGAGCAUGUAGGGUUCAUGGGGACGUUGACAGAGGAAGACGAGCAGCAGAAAAAAUACUUUCUUUGGAUCCGAAUUCUGCAGGAACUCACAUCACCCUGGCUAACAUAUAUGCUGCCAAGGGGAGAUGGGAGGAAGUUGCGUACAUAAGGAAGCUAAUGAAGUCAAAGGGGGUAAUAAAAGAGCCAGGUUGGUCUUGGAUAAAUGUCAAUGAUCACUUACAUUCAUUUGUUUCUGCGGAUCAGUCUCAUCCGCAGAGCGAAGAUAUCAUAGCCAUUCUAAAACUACUAAGUUCAAGAAGAGGAGACUCUUUGCUGGAAACAUGUUCAAGUGAAGAUGUUGAAGAUUAGCAACAGGCUAAAUUUUCAAUCAUUGUGCUUGUGCUACAAUCACAAUUUUUCCAUUAGCAUUCAUUACAUUACAUAGAUUUCACAUGAUUGUUGGGAAUUGGUUGCCUAACUGCAAUCACAUGAACACUCAAAAUCCAGCUUAUACCAGGUUUCUAUGGAAUUUGAAACUGAGACGUCAUUUAAAUGACUUAAAAGAUAUUUGAGGGAUGAAAGAAAUUAAUCAAGAGGUAAUUUUUCAUUGAUGAAAACAGCAUAUGCUUUCCGUCUUCCUGUAAAUAUUAGUUUUGCUUCUUGUGAAUUUAUGCAUUCUUUUUAUUUGUACAGUACCCUUAGAUCACUCGCUGUGAAAUGUAUUGUUGAAUAACUUGGCUGGUGAUCCAUAAUAAAAAAGAAAAAAAUGUUCUAUUCAUGUGUCACCAUUUGCAGGAAUACGAUCAAUACUAGAAUCAAGCUUUACUAGUUAACUUCGCCUCAAAACCCUUCUUUCUUCGGCACAGGGGACUGAAGAGAAUAGCAAAGUUGGCUUUUACACAAAACUACAUUCACAAUUUUGAACUAAUAUUCCAAUUAAGCUUUGGAGCAACGGUUGUAACUAUCAAGUGUAACUUCAAGGUCAUGGUUCAAGCCGUGAAAACAGCCACGAAUGUGAUUAUCAAGUUAGGUUGUGUACAUUAUACCAUUUGGUGCGGUCCUUCCGUAGACCCGGAAUGCAUGUACACCAAACUGUUUUUUUUUCCUCCUUUUUUUACCAUGAAUAUACCCUGUAGAGCAUCAUAAACUACAACAUGCUUAUUUUACUGUUUUAUAAACUAGGGAUGGCAAUUUUCUUUGGCAGGGGUAUUGGCGGGGAUUUACCCGUCAGGGACGGAUAUCGGGAGAUUUUGCUAUCUGUGGGAACAGGAAAUGAGUACCCGUUAAAUAAAUUCCUGCCUCUUGGAUAUCCGUA